CAUUCUGUUGAAUUCUCCGGGACGCAUAACCAUUUGUAGCCUACUUGAACCACCUAGAGGCGGACUUAUUUAUUUGUCAAUGGCUUUGUUCUUUUUAUUGACCUAUUGCAAAGUAAAUCAUGUGUGUAAUGUGCAUGGUUAAUCUUAGCUUCAUCUUAUCUUUAUAGACCACAGUCUAUAAAGUUAUAUAGGGUGAGUAACGUUACAGGAGACGACGAAGUGGCUGUCGUCAAUUAUACGUCUAAACGAAUUGCCAUUAGAGUCGGACAUGGCCAUGUUUAAAAGUAUUUUCUCACUUCUGUGUUUAUUUCUUGAAUUUCAAGGUACUCUUACCUUGUCUGGUACCUUCUGGCACAUCACGGACCAGCACUGGGACCCAACCUAUGAACUGGGAGGUAAACCAGAGGCUGUGUGCGCGUCCAGCGGACAGCGUCCCGCGGCCAACGCAGGGCCGUUUGGAGAUUAUGCUUGUGACUCACCGUGGCACCUCAUCAACUCAUCGGUGUACUACAUGAAGCAGAUCAUGCCAGACCCCGACUUUAUAUUCUGGACAGGCGAUGACACGCCACACGUUCCAGACCAGGACCUGGGGGAGGAGAAGGUUCUCAAUAUCGUGAGGAACUUGACGCACAUCAUAAAGAAAGUAUUCCCAAAUACCAAAGUGUACUCGGCUCUAGGUAACCAUGACUACCAGCCCAAAAGCCAGUUCCCCGCCUCGAGCAGCCACAUCUACAAACAAAUAGCAGAGAUGUGGAGCGACUGGCUCGAGCCAUCGUCCCAAGUAACCUUUCAAAAAGGUGGCUAUUACACCGAGAGGUUGCUGAACCGGACGGGGUAUCGGAUCAUGGUCCUGAACACUAACCUCUACUACGACCAGAACAAGCUGACGAACAACAUGAUAGAUCCGGCGGGGCAGUUUCACUGGGCCGAGCAAGUUCUCACUGAGGCGUCCCGUAACAAAGAGAAGGUGUACAUUAUUGGCCACGUUCCUCCAGGGUUCUUUGAGAAGAAGCGGAGCAAGCCCUGGUUCAGACCAGAGUUUAACCAGCGCUACGUGGACAUGGUGCAGAAGCAUCAUCCCGUCAUCCAGGGACAGUUCUUCGGCCAUCACCACACAGACAGCUUCAGAAUGUUCUACGACUCUGACGACAAUCCCAUCAGCACCAUGUUCCUGAGCCCUGGCGUGACCCCCUGGAAGACCACCCUGCCGGGGGUCAAAGACGGAGCCAACAACCCCGGGAUCCGUAGCAUUGAGUACGACACCCAGACCCUGCUGGUCCAAGACCUGGUGACCUACUACCUGAACCUGACGCGCUCCAACCUGGGCCGGGGCGGCUGGGAGAAGGAGUACCGCCUGACGGAGAGCUUCAGGCUGCCGGACGCGUCGCCGCGCUCCAUGCACCGGGUGCUGCAGCGCAUGGCCGACGACCGCUGCACCCUCCAGAAGUACUACGACUUCAACUCCGUCAGCUACGACCUGAGCGUGUGCGACGCCGCGUGCCGGGUGGACCAUGUGUGCGCCGCCCGAGCAGUAGAGUUUGACGCCUACAGAGACUGCGUGGACGAGGAAGGGGCGGGCGUCGUCAACGGCGCCUCGACGACCUUGUUAGUUUCCAUGGCAAUAAGCUUGUUUUGGUGGAGUUGGUGAGGAGCAGCCGUCGCGGUGACGUUUCUCUUUCAAGGAUGUUUAGACGGUGUUGAAUGAGUUAGUCAUGUAAAUAUUGUGAUAUUGGAUUAUAUCGUCUUGGAUUAUGCCAAGAUGACUCCAGAUAUGUGUUUUAGUUGUUACCUUGUCCAUUGUGAAUGUUUUCACAAUGGACAAGGUAACCUUUGACUUGUUAUACUUUGGUUUGUUUGUGCUAACCCUUAAUGACUAUUAUUUGUCAAUUUAAUUCAGAAGCUGUUGAACUUUGUAACCAACCUUUAACUAUCGAUGAUUUUUCAUCGAAAGUCCAUUUAGACUUACAUACAUAUUAAUAAAAUACUUUAUUGUUA